AUGUCUAUUUCGCCUUCAAAACAAGCAGCUAUUCAUGCAUACAGACAUUUAUUAAAGACACAAAGACAAGUGUUUGGUGCUGAUUUGAAAGCAAUUGAUGCUGCUAGAAAAGAGACUUAUUCUAGAUUUAUGCAAUCCAAAGACGAAACAAAUACAGAUGUUCUUGAGGAGAAACUACAAUUAGCUGGACAAGUAGAGGCUCUAUUAAGAAAGAAUGUGAUUCAAGGUGUACCACAAGGAAACAACACAUAUAAAUUAAGAAUCACAAAGGAUACUGAACUGGGCGAUAAUGAUAGCAUCAAGAAUACCAAAAACAUUAACCGUAAAAAGAGAGCUCACAAACAUACUGGAGGAUGUUGCGGUGGAAAUCACUAA